GUAGGACAGGAAGGAGAUCCUGGAUCUGCAAAUCUGCAGCGUCUGGAGACAGCUCCAUCUGAUGCCGGGCAGAGACUACAACUUGGCAGGGAGCUGAAGCUGGAAGAAGAUGCUGAUGCAGAUAUUUGGAAGCUGCGCGAGAGUGAAAAUCAUCCACAAGGAAGAUCGAAGCAAACAGAGCAACACGGGGUGCCCCCGGAGAGAGCUAAUAAUGUUGCUGUACAACAUCAUAAUCAGGAAGAGUCCCCUGAGAAUCAGCACAGGACAGAGGGACAGCAGGAAGCAUACCGUAUGGAGGAGAGACCUCUUGGGGUUAAUUAUGAGGAGGCGGGUAGGAAAGCAGAAAUAAUUGUCCUCUGUCCAGACAACCAGAAGGAGAAAAGAAGAAAGCAGUGCCUGGUGUGUGGGAAGAGUUUCACCCGCAAGGCGACCCUCACCCGGCAUGAAAGAAUCCACACGGGGGAACGAUCGUACAGGUGUUUCCAGUGUGGCAAAAGUUUCUAUGACAAGACAGCCCUGAAGAGACAUCAGAGGACCCACAACGCGGAUCAAGGAUAUCCUCAUGCCGCUUACUCCCAGCCGGGUGAGAUCUUCGCUCUUCCUUCUCCAAAGGAAAUCACACGGUACAUAUGCAGUGAGUGUGGGGAAAAAUUUGACAGCAUUCUGGACCUCAACAUACAUGAAAGAAUUCAUCAAGAGCAGAAUCCCAAUAGCCAGACAGAGUGUGGAGAGAAAUCUGAAAGAAAUCAAAAUCCGGAGCUGAGAAAACAGCAAAUGCCCCUCGCUGAAGAGAGAGCCUACAAGUGUUCUGAAUGCGAGAAAAGCUUUAUAUGGGUUUCAUCGUAUCGGAGGCAUAAAAAGAUCCAUGUAAAGAACAAAGCCAUCCCGGCUUCGUAUGAAAGGAAAAGCUUCAAGCAGAUGUCGCAUCUCGAGACACUUCAGCCUCUCCCAGCUGGAGAGAAACAUUACAAAUGCCCUGAGUGUGAGAAGAGUUUCCUGGAGCUUGUAUCCUUACAAAGACAUAGCAAAGUUCACCAGAGAGGAAAACUAGGAGCCCCUUUGCAAAAGACACUUACUACAGAGGGAAAAUCCUGUUCAGAGUGUGGGAAGAGUUUUAAUCGGAUGUCACACCUAAUAAGACACCAGCGUGUCCAUACUGGAGAGAAACCCUACACAUGCACAAAAUGUGGGGAGAGUUUCACGUGGGAGACAGCUUUUGAAAGACAUGUCAAGGCCCACAAGAAAAAGAAAUCGGGACCACCACUGCCAACAAUAUCUGUUACGCAGGAGACAUCCUGUCACUGUUUGGAGUGUGGGAAGAGAUUCAAGCAGGAGUCAGACCUCAUUCAGCAUCAACGUAUCCACACUGGUGAGAAGCCCCACAGAUGUACCGAAUGUGGGGAGACUUUUAUGUGGCCUUCGUCUCUCAAUCUACAUCAGAAGAAGGUCCACAGGGGAAAGCGAUUGGUCCCCCUCCUCCAAAAACUACCCUUGGUGCAAGGGAGAUCCUACAAAUGUUUUGAGUGUGGCAAAAGUUUUGACCGUCCCUCAAGCUUAAUAAAUCACCGACACAUCCAUACUGGAGAAAAGCCUUAUCAGUGCACCAGCUGUGAGAAAAGUUUCAUGUGGCCUCGAUCUCUCCAGAGGCACCGAAAGAUCCAUGACAGCAGGAAACCAGGGGGCCCUUUGCCAAAAAUAUCAAUUACACAGGAGAAGCCCUACGCGUGUUCUGAUUGUGGGAAAUGCUUCGGCCAUACAUAUCUCCUGAUUCAGCAUCGGCGCGUCCACACUGAAGAGAAACCAUAUACAUGUGCAAAAUGUGGUGAGAGCUUCAGGUGGGCUUCAUCUAUGAGCCUGCACCAAAAGAAGGUCCAUGGGGCAAAGAAACUGGCCCAUCUUCUUCCAAGUCAGCCAGACAGGCAGAAAAAACCUUACAGAUGUUCUCAGUGCGGGAAAAGAUAUAGGAUACCCUCAUACCUCUCAAGCCAUCAGAGCACUCAUACGGGGGAGAAACAGCACAAGUGCACCAUUUGCGGGAAAAGUUUCUUCUGGCAGUCCUCUCUCGGGGUACAUCUCAAGAACUUCCAUAAGAAAAAGAAACAGGUCCCCGCUUUGCCACCUGUGUCUCGGGAACAAGGGAAUUCCAAGCAACGGCAGAUCCCUGCCGAAGGCAAACCUUUCAAGUGCUCCAAAUGCGAGGAGAGUUUCGUGGGGUAUUCAGCUCUUCUGCGACAUAGAAAGAUCCAUGAGAGAGAAAAACUGGGACUCUUGUUCCAAACAAUAUCGGUUCCCCCGGAGAAAUCGUAUCCCUGUACCUACUGUGGGAAAAACUUCAACUGGCCAUCCCGCCUAGUGAGACAUCAACGCAUCCAUACCCGGGAGAGACCCUGUAAGUGCCCUGAUUGUGGAGAGAGCUUCAUGUGGGAUUCAGCUCUUAAAAUACACCAGGAGAAGAUCCAUAAAAGAAAGAAGCUGGUCUCUCUUCUGCCCAAAGAUGACACUGACAAAGAGAAAACUCACCAAUGCUCAGACUGUGGGAAAACCUUCACCUCUGCAUCAUCUCUCAUAAGGCAUCGGAGUAUCCACACAGGAGAAAAACUCCAUAAACCCACCCACGGUGAAGAGAAUUUCCUAUGGAAUUCAGCACUCCAAAGACACCAGGCCUAUAAGAGAGAGAAACCGAGUUCUCUGCUUCAAAAGCUACCCAGCGGACCAGGAGGCUCCUUCCAGUGCUCCAUGUGCGGGAAAAGCUUCAGCAAGAGAAGGCUGCUGCGGAGACACAAACACGUCCACACCAAGGAUAAGCGUUACACCUGCACCGAAUGUGGGAAAUGGUUCACUCAGUCCGCGAGCUUGAAAAGACACUAUUUUGCCCACAAAGGAGAAAAGUCGUUCCGUUGCUCGCACUGUGACAAAAGCUUUGUUUACAAAGACAGUCUCAUAAGGCACAAGAAGUCUCACGCCGGGUUGGUGCAGUUCACCAUGCAGGUGCUGAACAACGAAUUCUUUGCGAGACCUGAAUCGCCCCAGUUCGUACCGCUGGAGUCUGGCGUGUGCAGCACUCCGCUAGACCUCCAGGAGGAGAAACCCAUCCCGGCUUUGAAUGCUCCGGAAAAGGUGUCGAUGUGAUCUCAAAGCAGACGAAGGACACAGGAGCUGCCAUUGAGAAAUCGUGCUGCUGUUUCAGCAGCAGACCAGAGAAAGGACAACCGAUGUUCCUGCCUGUUUGAGUGGAAGAAAACCUUCCAAAAUCUUCUCUUAGCCGUAACCUAAUGAAAGCAAUGGUUCCACCAAAGCGUGCAGAAGAUAAGCAAACCUAAGUCCAGAAUAUUGUGAUUUUUGCCUGUCUGGGACCACGUUGUGUUGUUCUUCCCAGCCCCUUAACUGCAUUUUAAAAAAUCCCAGAGCAUGGAUGCCCACCCAGCAAGCGGUGAGAAAAGAUGCAUUUGGCUUCGUUGUUGAACACGAAGUCAAAUUAGUUGCCUCUUGUAUAUUGGUAGACGCAGAUA